UUGCCCCGGAAGCGAGCUCCGCGGCAAAGCUGCUGGCGGACUAGCGUUUGUUUUCUAUUUUGACGAAAUGCCAGCCUGUUGCGCGCUAAACUGCACGAACCGACCAGAAAAGUCUUCGGGAAAGACAUUUCACGCGUUUCCGCGCUCCAAGCCGCGAAUCUUCCAGAAAUGGCUCGCCAACCUGAAGAGGGACAAGUGGAAACCGUCUCUGGGCAGCAGACUAUGCAGCGACCAUUUUGCCGAGUCGUGUUUCGACCGCUCGGGCGCAAGAACCCGGCUUCGGGGCGAUGCCGUCCCAACGCUGUUUUCUUUCCCGGACGACUCACAGAAGAAAGCUCCGGAAAGGAAAGCACCCAAGCAGAGAGGCAAAAUUCUUGACUUGGCCCCAGAGGACGAGCCACCCAUGAGCCCAGUGGCAUCAUUACCUGAGGCUUCACACAAAAAAGGUCUUCAAAGGAAAGCACCCAAGCAGAGAGGCCAAAUUCUUGAAUUGACCCCAGAGGACGAGCCACCCAUGAGCCCAGCGGCACCAUUGCCUGAGGCUUCAGACAAAGUGCCUGACCACGACUACGCCGUCUUGGACAAUCCUAAGGUUCUGAAAAAGAGGCUCGAGAAAUGCACAGAUGCCAUAGAAAGCAUCAAGAAGAAACUGAAGCUCAGCGAGCAGCGUGAGCGCCGGCUGAAGAACAAGGUUACUUCGCUAAGCAAAAUUGUCGAUGACCUAAAGAGCAAACUUCUUGCUUCAAACGACGCUUGUGCCAUGCUUGAGAAGUGCUUCUCAGGAGUGCCCCAGAAGUUAUGCAGCACACCUUGAAGCAAUCAAACGAAAGGGGCGAACCUGCCAGGCCUAGCCGGUAGCAGUACUCAACCUAAUUGUGCAUUCACAGCAUUCCUGCACAGGCCAGUGAAGUCAGAAAGAACAAAACAGAGCUUCUAUGCAGCCCCACAGUAGAUGAGAUGCCCAUUAGAGAGCACGUGGAGUGGGAUGGGCAUGACAGGUUAUGUAGAUAACGGAAAUAAGAUGGACGAUGACAGCAGCAAUGUUUCAACUGAAGCAAUGGUUUUCAUCCUUGUGUCUCGCGACUCUCUUUGGAAGAUCCUCUGCAGCUAUUUCCUCGUCAGUGGCAUGACUGGAAAGGAAGAGCGAACGCCGCGAAAUUAUGCCUGACAAAAUGGGCAUGAUCAGACUCGUGCGAUGUCACGUAGCUGUGAUGGGCUCAGCUGCAACACUGCAAUUUUCAAUGACCUAGGGUCUUUAGCGGAUAAUUGUGCGAUGGUGACAUCAUUUGCACACACCCUGUCACAAAGGAGGUGUGCUGUUUUCUUGACGCAUGCCGCAUGCCGAAGCUGGUGUGUAAUGCGCUUGCUUCACUCGGCUGUCUCAAGGAUAUGUCAGGGUAAUGUAUACAUUGGCAUUAUACAUCUGAGAAUGUUUUACCAGUGCCUCCCACCCAAACUUCGUUCCUUCAGCAUGGUGCUCAGGCGGGUAGAAUGUUUCGUACAAGUGGCACAAACACUGAUGGAAGGCCUGACGCAACCAGUGUCAACAUCAGCAACGUGCAUGAGCCAACGGGAGUCACCUACGGUGGAUGUCUCAUGCAACUCAUGGCAACUGCUGCGUAGCGCCUGACAUAACCAAUGCCACUUCCCUCCGUAACGGGCAGCAAGUCCUCACGUCCAUUGGUCGGAUUCAAACAGCGACUAACGGAGAUUCCUGACUGAAAGCUUCAAACGGUUGGCUGCUGCAACGGAUCCCAGGGCUCAAAGUAACUGAGCUAUGCAGAGAGAUGAGAGCAAGUGAAAAAAUCCCGGGUCAUCGUCACGUCUCAAUGCGAGACCAUUAUGCUCUCGGCCUCUGUGCCUAUGUAGCGCCUUUGUAUAUUUUGUAUAUAAAUGUUGCAUUAAUUCACCAUCGCCUUGACCGCUUCAAGUAUCCGCCUUGAAUGGAUCAUUGAAGGCGGCGUGCUUUUGGUAAGCUUAACACCGGGGACGGCCCUUCUAUAUUGUUUUCCUUUUUUUUUUUUUUCAAAUAGCUUCGAGCACCUUCUCAAAGAACAGGGUAAAUCGUUUAUUGCCAGCAGGGCGUGCGUGGUCCUCACGCAAUCGCAAGCGCUGCAGCUCUCACAGGAACUUGAUCUCGUUCCAGGUAGUAAAACGCAAACUGCAAAAGCGGCCGAGCUACAUGACCUAAGCAGCGAGUUGACCGAGCUUCGGAUAGGAAACUCUUGGGGUUACUUGAGCCGCCUGCUGCUGAAACGGGUAGUGUCACCUCCAUCAGCGGAGAGUUUAAAUGGUGCCGUUGGGCAAGGCAAACUGUAGUCUAAAGCCUGUAGCUCCUAGUUGGUGUGAGCUGCCCAUGGUUGAUCGAGCGACACUCUAGAGCAGCGGGAAGAUAGCUCGAUAAAAGUGCUAAUGGAAAACGUGAAACUUGAAGCAAAAAAAGAAAGAAUGUAUUUUGUUUUCAUGAGAAAUCUGGCCUAUUGUUUACACAGAGCUGGUCUGGCAGCUUCCCCUAAUUGUUCUUUUUGCGGAGUACAUGAGACAACAGGACAUUAUCUGAUUCACUGUACUAGAUACUCUACCUUGCGCAAAUUGACUUUAGGUACAGUCUUCCGACUCCUUAGAUUAGAUUUAAGUGCACCAAAUGUACUUUCAUUCGGGGCUUUGUCUCUUGGAUAUAGUGACGGGAAGAUUGCCGAUCCCCUGCAGGAGUUUCCUAAAGGUUCGCAGAGAUUUGGGCUAUAGAAUCAAUCUUUACCCUUGUUUUUCUACUUUUCCAAAUUUCUUUAUUAUUUCUUAUUCAAAUUCUCAGUUUUAUUGCUUAUAUUAUAUUCUUUUCUUAACUUUUUUUCUUUCCUCUUAAAUACAAAAGAUUUACCCUUUACUUUUAGAAUUAUAUUUUAAAAACCAUCUGGUUCUUGGCCAAUCCCUUAGCGUGGGUGUGUGCCUGAGUUUAUAGGAUCUACUCUACUCUAUUGUAUCGUAGUUGUGUGGAUGUGAAAGGUCCCAAGUACGAGCAGCUUUUCAUACAGCAGAAGUAUCGUUGCCAGAUAUUGGAACUUGCGCACGAAAAUGCAUGGUAAGGGCAUCUCGGCUUGAAAAGACCAAGGCUAGGAUUUCCCUUGAGCUUUACUGGCCGAAAUGUUGGGAGGACACUGAAGACAUUGUGCACUCUUGUGACACAAGUCUGAAAUGUUUUAAAGACAGUGAGGACUUUGUGACACAUGUCCAAAAUGCUGGAAGGACAUCAGACUUUUUGCACUUUGUGACACAUGCCCGAAAUAUUGG